AGGAGGCGGGAAAUGGCGUCUGGGUGCACAUCGCAGUAUCAGCUACUAGACGGUUCAUAAAAACAGCAAAGCAGAGAGGAAACAAGAAGAAAAGAAGAAGAAGCAGCUGCUGUCCGCACCGUGGCAGCCAGCAGUGCUUGAUCAGUCAACUCGUUUUCGAGAUACUGUGGAGUACUGUAAAUCUUACAUGUGGCUCUUAAAACAAUGAGGCUGAGAAUGCGGAAGGCAUCUCAGCAGUCGAGCCCUGCCCAUGCGCCCCGCACAUCCCGGACCAAGCGGAGGCAUUCAGAAGUGGAGGAGUGCACGCCGACAGGUGGCGGGAGAGGCCUGCUGUCCACCAUUAAGAAAUUAAUCAGAGGCAAUGCUGUGAAGGUAGAGCAGGAGAAACCAGCAAAGAAGACACGGCUCACCUGUGACGUCGACGACAACCUGAUCUCUUCCACACCACAAGGUGGCGAUGCCCCCAGGAGGACAAUCUCCAGGGUCAACGGGGAAGCGACAAACCAUGACACGAACCAUGACACGAGUAGUAAGCCUGUGAAGCCCAAUGGGAAGCUGGAGGAGGCGGCAGAGACUUUGACCAGUCCGCCUAGAACCACACUCCUGGGAACCAUCUUCUCUCCAGUCUUCAACUUCUUCUCACCAGCAAAUAAAAAUGCCACGUCAGGUUCGGACUCCCCAGACCAGGCGUUGGAGGCUGAGGAGAUCGUCAAGCAGCUGGACAUGGAGACUGUGGAGGAGACCCCCACCUGCACUGCCACCUCCACAGAGGAAGUGUGUACAACUAUGCCCCUUUACCCCAGCGACAUGCUGCCACCAUUGCGGGCUCCACAUCCUCCAGAAGUGCCUGUCGAGGAAGAGGAGGUCGUCACAGACAUGCCUGCUCUCACAGCCCCAGGCGCCACUCCAGAAGGAGGCUAUGUGGUGGCACAGCCCACAGCCCCUGCAGAGGGGACAUACGAGGAGGACUGGGAGGUCUUUGAUCCGUAUUUCUUCAUCAAGCAUGUACCUCCACUGACAGAGGAACAGCUGACCAGGAAGCCUGCUCUCCCACUAAAGACCCGCAGUACACCAGAGUUCUCCCUAGUCCUCGACCUGGAUGAGACAUUGGUGCACUGUAGCUUGAAUGAGCUGGACGAUGCAGCACUUACCUUCCCGGUCCUGUUUCAAGAUGUAAUUUACCAGGUGUAUGUGCGUUUAAGGCCGUUCUUCAGAGAGUUCCUGGAGCGCAUGUCUCAAAUCUAUGAGAUCAUUCUCUUCACUGCCUCUAAGAAGGUUUAUGCAGACAAGUUGCUCAACAUCUUGGAUCCCAAGAAACAGUUGGUUAGACACAGGUUAUUUCGUGAGCAUUGUGUCUGUGUACAAGGGAACUACAUCAAGGACCUGAACAUCCUUGGAAGAGACCUGUCCAAGACUGUCAUCAUUGACAAUUCACCUCAAGCCUUUGCAUAUCAGCUUUCCAAUGGGAUUCCCAUUGAGAGCUGGUUCAUGGACAAAAAUGACAACGAACUCCUGAAGCUUGUCCCGUUCUUGGAGAAGCUUGUUGAGCUGAACGAGGAUGUGAGGCCACAUGUUCGAGAACGGUUUCGUCUGCACGAGCUUCUUCCCCCAGACUGAUCCCUGGAAUAGACGGACAGAAGAAAUAACGAAUGAUUGAAUAAACCAACACAGACAUGUAAAAAGCCCUCUUUUGGAUUGUAACAUUGCCAUUACUGUUGAAGGUUUCACUUUUUUUCUAUUUUUACCCCACAGUUUUUUUGCAUCGAUAACAACAAAGUGCAAAGUCUCAAUUUUUUUCACAGCAACAUCUGGUUAAAAAAUAAUUUAUAAAGCCACAUGUUUAGAUCACAUUACUGUGGGCAAGAUCAAGAAGGCUCCUCCUUUUGACUGGCUUUUUUUCAGUAGCAGUUUCUUUCUCCUUGCUGCCUAUCGGAGGGGCCAAGGUGCUGUCUGUCUGGUUGGACUGAAUGUGUUAGCUGACAGAGAAGAGGAUUAUUCUUGCUCCCUUUGGUGCUUUCAUGGGACUGUUGACAGUGACACUCAUUGGCUUUAGACCAAUUUUUAACAGGAAUGGCCAGUAAAGUGUGUAUGGGUACAUAGCCCAUCUUUUUCUUUCCAUCUUGGGAUUUUAUAAACGUUUUACCAGUAGCCUAUAGGAUCUCAUUAUGCAUUCCUCUUGCUGAAUUAAUUUUUUUGUUGUUGUAGACACUCAUUGUAACCGCAAUGUGUUCUUUUACCCCAUUUCACAAUGUUGUAUUGUUUGCUUUUUUUCUGGCUAUGUUUUAUGUAGGUGUUCUCCCAGGCUGUUGAUUGGAAAAUAAUAUUGAUGAUGAUAUGGUAGGAUAUCCCCAUGAUAUGUCAAAUCAAAUUGAACGAAUUCAGAACUUCCUGUAUAAUGUGUACUUCUGUUUAAACAAUAGUUGGCUUUGUUUGAAUUAAUAGGACACUUUGCCAAAAAAUCUAUCAAUUAGUAUAACUUUCAAGAAAUUUGCAUCAAUGGACAGUUCAUUGUUUGUGACUAAAUGUCCCCCACUUCUCAAGUGACGUGUUACUGACUUUUUAUUUUAUAGUAACAUUUUUAUUUGUCAUUCAUAUAUUUCAAUGUAUUUUUACUCAACCAAGGUUUUAUUUUUAUGGAUAUGUCUAGUAUUGAAUUAUAACUAAUGUAGAUUGGCUCUGUCAGCAUCUCACCCCUGUCUGUUACUGGGGGCAUAUGGAUGGUCCUGAAACAGCCCAAUGUGUAGCACCACCAGCAUAUAAACAGCAAGCCUCAUCACUGUGGUAUAAACCCAA